CCUCCUUUCAUUCUAGGGACAGCAAUACCAUACAUCAUGAGGGCAGAAAAAGAGAUAAAAGAAAAAAGCCAUCUGCACCACUGUAGAAGCCUGAACAACUAUUUCAUGAUGGACAUAGAUGAUGAAGAGAAUAUGAGUUCAGGCAGCCUUGAUAUUAAAGAGAACCGCAACAUGGACAACAUUUCACCUAAAGACGGGACUGUGCAAGGUGCCGGGGAGGGGAAUCAGCUUCCUAAUGGUGGUGGCACCAGCAGCAGGAAGCGGCUGUUGGAAGAGGGGAGCAAUGGUCACUCCAAAUUCCGCCCAAAGAAGAAGAAGAAAACUCCAGGUCCGGUGCUGCCCAAGAAUGCCCUGAUGCAGCUGAAUGAAAUCAAGCCUGGCUUACAGUACAAGCUUCUCUCCCAAACAGGACCAGUUCAUGCUCCAAUUUUUGUGAUGGCAGUAGAAGUUAACGGGCAGGCGUUUGAAGGAUCUGGCCCUACAAAAAAGAAAGCAAAACUUCAUGCAGCUGAGAAGGCACUGAGGUCUUUUGUUCAGUUUCCUAAUGCGUCAGAAGCCCAUCUAGCAAUGGGAAGAACUCUUUCUGUAAAUACAGACUUUACUUCUGACCAGGCCGAUUUCUCAGACACGCUCUUCAAUGGAUUUGAAAACCCAGUUCAGUCUGAUCAUUCCUUUUAUUUGGAAUCCAAUGGAGAUGGUUCCUUUAGCUCCAGUGCAGAUUUCAGCCUCUCAUCAGCUGUGGCUAGUAGCCUUAUCCAGUCAUCUCUCCCUGCCCCAUCAUCAUAUGCAUCUACAAGUGGGAAGAAUCCAGUGAUGAUACUAAAUGAACUUCGACCAGGGUUAAAAUAUGAAUUUAUUUCAGAAAGUGGAGAGAGUCAUGCUAAGAAUUUUGUAAUGGCCGUGUCAGUGGAUGGCCAAACUUUUGAAGGAUCUGGACGGAACAAAAAACUUGCAAAGGCUCGGGCAGCUCAGUCCGCUCUCGCAUCUCUGUUUAAUAUGCAGUUGGACCAAACACCAUCUCACCAGCCUAUUCCUAGUGAGGGACUCCAGUUACACUUGCCACAGGUUUUAGCUGAUGCCGUUGCACGCUUGGUCGUAGAGAAAUUCAGCGAUUUGACAGAUAACUUUACAUCACCUCAUGCACGUAGAAAAGUGCUAGCUGGUGUUGUCAUGACAACAGGUACUGAUGUGAAAGACGCUCAGGUUAUAAGUGUUUCUACAGGAACAAAAUGUAUUAAUGGAGAAUAUAUGAGUGACCGUGGUCUUGCUUUGAAUGAUUGCCAUGCAGAAAUUAUAGCUCGGAGAUGCCUACUUAAAUUUCUUUAUACACAACUUGAACUACAUUUAAGCAAUAAGGAAGACCAACAAAAAUCUAUUUUUAUCAAGUCAGAACAAGGUGGCUUUAAAUUGGAUGAAAAUGUGCAGUUUCAUCUCUAUAUCAGCACCUCCCCUUGUGGUGAUGCUCGGAUUUUUUCACCACAUGAAGCUGCCCAAGAAGAUCAAGGAGACAGACACCCAAACCGGAAAGCAAGAGGUCAGCUACGUACUAAAAUUGAAUCUGGGGAAGGAACGAUCCCUGUCCGUUCUACAACUACAAUCCAGACAUGGGAUGGAGUUCUUCAGGGAGAGAGAUUACUUACUAUGUCAUGCAGUGAUAAGAUAGCUAGGUGGAACGUACUUGGUAUUCAAGGAGCAUUACUUAGCCUCUUUGUGGAGCCAAUAUAUCUCUCAAGCAUUAUCUUGGGAAGUUUGUAUCAUGGAGACCAUUUGUCCAGGGCAGCAUACCAGCGGAUAGCAGAGAUUGAAGAUCUACCACCUCUUUAUAUGCUUAACAGACCUUUACUCAGUGGUAUUAGCAAUGCUGAAGCCCGUCAGCCAGGAAAAGCACCUAAUUUCAGUGUAAACUGGACAGUUGGAGAUGCUGGCCUGGAAGUUAUUAAUGCUACGACAGGCAAGGAUGAGCUUGGUCGUGCAUCCCGUCUUUGUAAGCAUGCAUUAUAUACUCGCUGGAUGCGUGUUUAUGCAAAGCUUCCUGCCAGCCUUCAUUCAAAAGUCAAUAAGCCAAAUAUGUAUCAUGAAACAAAACAGGUAGCUGCAGAAUAUCAAACUGCCAAAGAGUGUUUGUUUAAAGCAUUUCUGAAGGCUGGCCUUGGGGCCUGGGUGGAGAAGCCUAUAGAGCAGGAUCAGUUUUCCCUGGUUGUCUGAACUUCGUGGGACUCUGAUGGAAGCUCCAGUUUCUGUAUCAACAUUUCAUCUGUACAUCUGUAACAGCAGCUUUUUAACUUUUGUGGUUUGGGGAACUAACUUGUGACCAAUUACUUUUUGUUUUGUUGAGUUAAUUCAAACUAAUGAAAAACUGAUAGUAUAGUAACUAGCUUGGAAUCAAAACAAAAUUAUUUGAUUACUAUCUCAAGACUUUAUCUUUGCAGGAAAAAAAUCUCAGUGCAAUUUUUUCAAGAAUUCAUCUACAGUUUUUAACAAUUAUUUUAAUGCAUUGCCGUCAGAUGCAUAUAUAAUGCACAUUGAAUAGAAUUUUUACAUGCCACUCAAGUAUGUACUUUGAUUUUGUGUUCUAUUUUCAGAGCCUUAGAAAAAGAAAAAAAAGAAAAGUUAUGCACUUUUAGAGUUUUAUUUUUAAAUUGAUUAAUAUCAUAGGAAUGAUACAAAUUACAAAACUGGACUGGAGUUUAGACAGUUUUUCCUGCUUCUGCCCCCCCCCCCUUUAAAACACAGCUCUCUUUGCUGUGUGUAUGUGAUACAGUUUUUAACAUGCUACUUUUUAUUCCAUUUUAAAAUACUUGUCUUCAGUUAGCAUUUAUAUACGUUGUGAUGUUACUGGUUUUUACCAUUGUAAACUGGAAAAUAUUUGUAAACUAAUACAGUGUAGAUUUCAGCUUACAUGUAGGUGGUUCUGUGUUUCACAGGAACCUCCUGAAGUACCACAUUUAUCAUAUUAUCAGUGUGGUGGCCAUUUCAGAACACUUUUUUUGUGAGAAAUAUGCUGAUUUGCCAAAAACCAACUGCACAUGAGCACCACAACAGUUAAAGAAGUGAAAGGUUAUUCUAAGUUAAACUAUAUGCUUUUUAAACAUUUAACUUAUUUUCAGCCAAACUGUAUAUAACUAUGAGGUUAUGCUGCCUGUGACUGUAAACAUAUGGAUAUAAAACUACCUACCCAGAUUAUUCUGCAAUGUAGUUUUGAUUGAUCUAGUAUAAUAGGAAUACAUGUCAAGCACCUAUUUAUUUAUGAAGUACCUGAUCCAUCAGCAUGUUUGUACGUGUCUGGAUCUCUCAAAGACAGCAAUAUUAGCAGAGGGAAUUAGUACCUGUGCUGAGCAUAGGUCUUCAGUCUCCCUACUCUGCUUAACAAUCAUGGCAACCGCACUGCACAGACUAUUAGCUGCAAAGGCUCUCCCUGAAAUGCAGUGUAUAUAUGUCCUAGUGUUGAGCUAACUAAUCCAUAAAGCCAGCUCUUCUACCCACUUUCAGUGUUUCACAAAGCAUUUACUCUGUUUAUUGAUUGAUACCUCACCUCUAGCUUUAUCUCAAUCAGAGGAAGUUAGUUAUAAACAUGAAAUUGUGCUAGGAUUUUAUUUCAGUAAUAAAGAAAUCUAACUGUAGAGCUAAAACUAAAUUAAUAACAAUAAAAUAAAAAUCAGAGUUUGGUUUUUUCAAUUCCAUUCUGGCAAAGUAUGUCAUGUAGGUUUAGCACUGUUAAUAAUUCUGACUGUUCUCAUGCUUGAAAUGGUAACAUGUUUUGCUAAAUCAAUGCCAGGAAUUUCAGGUGUAAUACUAGAUGUAUAUCACAUAUAACUUGGCCUCUAUAGGAUGUGAUGUUCAUAUUGAAGGUUUCACAUCAGCUGUAAGUAUUUUUAAAUAUCUGUGUGAUGAUAUGUAGUAGAUAAAAAUAAUAGCUAGCAUCUCACUUCUGAAUAGAGUCUGGAUAUGACUGUAUACAUUGUAUUGUGUUGAUAGAUACAAACACCAUGAGAGAGUAUAUGCAUGUCCAUGAAAGCCUUAUUCAGUAUUUAGUAAAGAUGACCCUUGUCUUUCUCAAGGGUUCCAUUCCGGUGUAAAACUGUGGAUAAGGAAAUCACAAAUAAUGAGACCUGAACUCUAUGGGAAUUUGGGCAGGCAGGUGUGUGGGGGGGAGAGAAUUCCAGAUUCUAUGGUCAUCUCUUCCUACCAUGAGGAUUUCCUUUCUUCUUCUUCUAGCAGUCAUCUGUGCAAUGGUUUUGUAUUUGCUCUUCCUAUUCUUGCUCAGUCCUAGCAAAUCUCACUGUGUCCACCCAGUCAUGAGAUCCUCACAUAACGCUCAUGUGUCUUCCUCACAGCAAACUCAUAGCAUAUGAGUGGUCAGUGGGCAGCACUAGCAACCGAUGAUGCAAUUGAGAGAUUGUUGCAAGCAGUCUGCAGACAACACUGAUAUCCAGUGAUGCAAUAGAGAGGCCUCCCCAUUGAGACUGUAAAAAUGUCAUGCAGAGUGGAGAAGUCAGCAUGAAUCAUGUGGCAUCUCCAUCAGCAGCCAAGUGAGUUGCUCCAGAGAGAGCCAGCUGCUGCAGAAAACCAAGUGAAGCCUCAUGGCUGGGAUGAUCUGUCAAGAUCCAUCAUGUCUUAGCAAGGAAAAAAAACAAAACAAAUACAGGUACUUUGCACAAAUGACCUAGCUCUAACCCUAAAAAAACAUACUUUAUGCAUGUACAAAGUCCACUUCUCAUUUAAGUACAUGCAUAAAGUAACCAGACAUGGCGAAAAACAGAUAUGCAAAAAACCUUCUGCAACUAUUGAAAUCGGAUCUCUAAUUAUUAGUUGCAGAUAUGCAAAACUGCAGAUAGCAAGGUCCACCUGUUUUUUGUUUAAAAGGAAUUUUUUUUUUUUUUUUUAUCUGCGCUCAGUCGUUACCGACUC